AUGUCUUUUUUACCCGCGGAUCUAGCGAUUGCACCCAUCGCAGGAGCAAUCGCGGGUGUAACCGCAGCAGCAGCCUACAUUGACGCAAAAUACCACAUCACAAAAGACAUCAGCGCUAUACGAGGUCAAAAAGCUACGCAACGUGCCCUUGAUAAGAACGCAAAACCCCCCAGCCAAUCUCUCUGGUACCAGUUCGAAGCCCAAGUCCGUCGUCUACCCGCACAAGAUGAAGCCAUCUGGUCCCGUAACGGCUGCUACACCUGGGCUGAGACCUAUGCCAACGCCUGUCGCUACGGACAAUAUUUGCACCGUGAAGGCGUGCAGCCGGGAAAGCUGUUUGCCAUGUACAUGAUGAACAGGCCCGAGUUCUUGUUCGCGCAUCUUGGGUCAUGGGCCAUUGGCUCGGCACCUGCGUGGAUCAAUUACAAUCUCGCGGGUGAUGCGCUAGUGCAUUGCCUAAAGGUUGCCGGCGCAAAGAUCAUAGUCGUGGAUGAGGAUCAAGAGUGUAGGCAGAGGAUCGAGGACGUGAGGGACAGGUUGGAGGGAGAGUUGGGCAUGGAGAUUAGGAUUCUGGAUGCGGAAUUGAAGGGCGAGAUCUCGAGAUUAGAGCCUGUGCGGCCAGGAGAUGAGAUGAGGCUUGAAGCAAAGGGGAAAUUCCCUCUCUUCUUGUUCUACACAAGUGGCACGACUGGCCAUCCCAAGGCUUGCCCCUUCGAAACACAACGAGCAGCUGGCCUCACUGGUCGGGUCGGAGCGAUGAACCUCAAACCAGGUCCGAAUGGGGACCGAUGGUAUGUCUGCAUGCCGCUCUACCACGGCACAGGCGGCACCACAGCCCUUGUCUGCAUGGUCACUGGCCUCACAUGCUGCAUCGGCACCAAAUUCUCCACCUCACGCUUCUGGACCGACGUGCGUGACUCCAACUCCACUGCUAUCGUCUACGUUGGCGAGACCGCACGCUACCUCAUCAACGCACCGCCCAGCCCCCUCGAUCGCCAACACAAGGUCCGCGCCAUGUUCGGCAACGGGCUGCGCCCCGAUGUCUGGCACCGAUUUGUUGACCGCUUCGGCAUUGAACUCGUCGGCGAAUUCUUCAACAGUACCGAAGGUGUAAUGCAAUUAUUCAAUGGCUCACGUGGGCCCUUCACGGCUACCUCUGUCGGCCACCAAGGCGCCAUUGCCCGCUGGCAAACCCGCAACGUCUACGUCCCCGUCGAAGUCGACAUGAUCACGGGCGCCCUGGCCCGCGAUCCCAAAACCGGCUUCUGCAAACGCAAAUCCUAUGAAGAAGGCAGCGAAAUCCUCGUAGCCAUGCCCCACGAAAGCGCCUUUGUAGGCUACUACAACAACCCCGCCGCCACCGAAUCCCGCUUUGAACGCAACGUCUUUAAGAAGGGCGACCUUUACUACCGCACCGGCGACGCCCUCCGUAGAGACAAGGACGGCCGCUGGUUCUUCCUCGACCGGCUCGGCGACACAUUCCGCUGGAAGUCUGAAAACGUAUCGACAGCCGAAGUCAGUGAAGCCCUCGGCUCCUUCCCUGGCGUCCUCGAAGCCAACGUCUACGGUGUCGAGGUCCCAGGCCACGACGGGCGCGCCGGCUGCGCCGCCAUCCUCAUCGACUCGGCCCUACAAAACAACUUCGACUUCCACGCCCUGCUCAAACACGCGCAAUCCAAGCUGCCCCGCUACGCCGUCCCCGUCUUCCUGCGGGUGCAAAAGCAGGCGACGACGAUGCAUAAUAAUAAACAAAAUAAAGUGCCCCUUCGCAAUGACGGCAUCGAUCUCCGCAAGAUUAUGGAGCGGGCGGAGAAGGAGGCCAAGGAGAAGGGCGAGGAACCCCAGUAUGAUACGUUGUAUUGGCAUCAUCCUUCGCUCGGUAAGAAUAUGAAACCGGGUGGGUUGGCGGAGAAGGAGGUUGGGUAUGAUGUUUUCACCAUGGAGGAUUGGGAUCGGGUUAGGGGUGCUGCGGGCGGGGGGGCGAAGUUGUAG